UUGGUUCCGCCGCCGGCCCACCCCUCAGCCUAUUGGUCGCAGGGCUCCAGCCCCGCCCUGCGGCCUGACCCCGCGCGCUGAUUGGCUCCGAUCCAGGAAGGGGGCGUGGCCAGGCGCGGAGCGGGGCGAUGGCGGCGUUGCGGGCGCUGGUUGGGGUGAAGCGGGUCAUAGACUAUGCCGUGAAGGUGCGGGUGCGGCCGGGCGGCGGGGUGGUGACGGACGGGGUGAAACACUCCAUGAACCCCUUCUGCGAGAUCGCGCUGGAGGAGGCGGUGCGGCUGCGGGAGCGGCGCCUGCUGCAGGAGAUCGUGGUGGUCAGCUGCGGGCCGCAGCAGUGCCAGGAGACCAUCCGGACGGCGCUGGCCAUGGGGGCCGACCGGGGGCUGCACGUGGAGAUCCCAGCCCCCCAGUACGACAGUCUCGGCCCCUUCCAGGUGGCCAAGAUCCUGGCGGCGCUGGCCAAGAAGGAGGGGGUCAGCCUGGUGCUGCUGGGCAAGCAGGCCAUCGACGACGACUGCAACCAGACGGGGCAGAUGACGGCGGCGCUGCUGGACUGGCCCCAGGGGACCGGCGCCUCCGCGCUGACGCUGGAGGGGGAGCAGCUGACGGUGGAGCGGGAGGUGGACGGGGGCCUGGAGAGCAUCCGGCUCCGGCUGCCGGCCGUGGUGACGGCCGACCUGCGGCUCAACGAGCCCCGUUACGCCACCCUGCCCAACAUCAUGAAAGCCAAGAAGAAGAAGAUUGAGGUGCUGAAGGCGUCGGACCUGGGGGUCGAUCUCUCCUCCCGGCUGGCCGUGGAGCGCGUGGAAGAGCCGCCCCAGCGCCAGGCCGGCGUCAAGGUGGAGACUGUGGACGACCUCGUGGGCAAGCUGAAGGAGGGGGGCCUGAUCUGAGCCCCCAGCCGCCCCUCCUGGAGCCGCUGCGCCCGGCUCUCCUGCUGCUGUGACGGGCGGUGCCCCUGGGGGUCCCCGGGACCUGGCACUGCCCCCCGUGAUUGUAACCGUGCUGCCUUCCGGCCCCGCGCCGCUGCUCCGUCAGCCC